CGAUAACCCAACACCACACCCUACCGGUUCCCGCGAAAACCCGCCGCUGCUGCUGCGGCGAUUAUACCUUAAUUCUCUCUCUCACUCUCUCGAAUUAAUCCUAAUCCAAUCGUAUUAUCAGUUUUCACUUUUCAAUUUUUCCAUUAUGUUUUAAUUAAUUAAUAAAUCACCCGCCCUUCCUCCCCAGCCAAAUCCCCCUUUUGUUUGUCCUUUUCCUUUCCCCCUCUGAUGGCGAGAUCCGGCGGCGGACGAUGAGCAGGGGCGGCGGAGGAGGAAUUCGGACGACGUCGUUCCACAGAAAAUCAUCAUCAGAAACAGCGUGCUUGGUGGUCGGCUGCGUGACGAUGAAAGGACUCUUCAAGCCCAGGAGCCGGACACCGGUCGAGCUCGUUCAGCACCUCCGCGAACUCAUCCUCUUCGCCCUCCGCAACCCCUCCGAUGUCCCCAAAAAGAAGCGCGAAGACAAGAUGGCAGAGCUAGGAAAAACUCUAGUGGAGAUAAGGACUAUCCUGUUCGGGGAAGGCCAAUCCGAGCCCAAUGCUGAGGCUUGCUCACAAUUGACCCAAGAGUUCUUUCGUGAGGACACAAUACGUAUCCUCAUCGUUUGCAUCCCAAAACUCGACCUCGGGUCUCGUCAGAUUGCGGCACGGGUGAUUACGAACUUGCAGAAGCAGAAGGUGCAAGGGAGGCUGGUGGCUCCGCAGUACAUGGAGAGCAAUUUGGAUCUUUUGGACAUUUUGCUACCUGGUUAUGCAGAUGACGAGAUAGCAUUACCAUAUGGAUUAAUCGCAAGGGAGCUAAUAUGCCAUCAGGUGGUGGCAAAGUAUGUCCUCGAAUCAGAGCACAUGCGCAAUUUCUUUGAAUACAUUCAGAUUGAGACAUUUGAAAUCUCAUCGGAUGCUCAAGCCACUUUUAAGGAACUUCUCACAAGACAUAAAUCAACCGUUGCUGAAUUUCUGACCAACAAUUUCGACUGGUUCUUUGUGGAAUAUAAUUCAAAGUUGCUAGAAUCCAAGGAAUACAUAACCAGAAGGCAAGCUGUCAAGGUAUCCAUUUCUUGAUCCCCACAUAUACUGACUAUUGGCAAAUUACUCCCCAAAAACUUGCACCUUUUCUAAUCUGUAAUAUCCCUUCUUACUUACUCACUCAGCUCCUGGGAGAUAUGCUGCUUGAUCGAUCGAAUAUGGUGGUGAUGGUUCGGUAUGUGAGCUCGUUGGAUAACAUGAGAAUAAUGAUGAACCUUUUCAGAGAAGAAAAGAAGUCGAUACAGAUGGAAGCUUUCCAUGUGUUCAAGCUGUUUGUGGCAAACCAAAGCAAGCCUCCUGAGAUCAUUGGUGUGCUGAUUCAGAACAAGAACAAGCUCCUCAGGUUCUUAGCUGGUUUAACAACUGAGAAAGAGGAUGAACAGUUUGAGGCAGACAAAUCUCAAGUGAUUAGGGAGAUUGCAACCUUAGACACCAGAGAACGUGCAAUCACUGAUUCAGAUAAUGAAGCUGAAUCCUAAUCUGAUAAGGAUUUUACUCUGAACACAUGAUAUGGAAACAGACUGACUAACAUCAAUCCUUCUUUCUUUCUAGGACUUGUCUCAAUUCUCUGUUUGUUUCUUCCUUUUUUCCUUCUCCUCUAAUUGCCUUUUUGUUUUAAAAAACACGGUAAACAACAGAGUUCAUCACAGCAGAUAGUGCUUGUAUAAAGAAUCAAAGACUACAACUACGCAAGUAUUUCGUUUUAGUUUUCCCUUUUACCGGUCACAUGAAGCACCGUGUCUUAUUAACUGAUUGUUUCAUGAUCCAAUUAAUAUUUUCGUAUUAAAAUAGAAGAAAUAUGUGAAUUAAUGAUUUUU